UUCUUUUUGCCUCGAAAAAAAGCACAGACACAAAUCGUUUAAAUUAUGAACUGUCAAUAUUAGUUACCAUUAUAAACCCGUUGGGUGUUUGAAAAAUAUUUCGAUAUGUGAAAGUUGGCCAAAAAACCAGAAAUCUUAAUUCUUAUACAAAAUUUGCAUAUGGUGUAAAAUGACAAAUAAUAAAUUGUGAAAUUUAUGAAAAUUGUUUAACAAAUAUGCUUCACUAAACGAUAAAACAAACUGGAAUACGAGAGAGUAAUUAAAUAAUUGAAAGUGUGAGAGAAUCAAAGGAAAAUAAUGCGGAUCCCCAAGGGAAGAUUGAGCGACUGGCUUCUGUCAUUGGCAUUUGUAUCCAGCCUGCUGCCCUUAAGCCAAGCCACUGGUGGUGCCCCCCAAGCCGCCCAAAUCAAUAGAAACUCCCGAAGCAGCCACAAUACCACCGACUCUGAACUGAGUGCCUCGGAGCGAAGUCGACGACUGAUACCCUACAUGGCCUUCUAUCUGCCCGCCCCCGAGUUGCCCAUCAAUCAGCAGUAUGCGACCAAGCACUCGUCGUCGGCUGGCGGGGCACAGCUGCAGGCACCGCCGCCAGGACCUGGAAGGAUACCAGUGCCGGUGGCCUACAUGCCGCAGCAGAAGCACCAUCCGCACCACCACGGACCACCGCAUCCGCCACCGGUGCCGCACUAUCAGACGGGCGCGGGCGAAGUGUACCACUCCCUGGCGAUUGGAGGCCACCAGCAUCAGCAUCCCCAUGCGCCACCGCAUCCGCCACCUGGUCAUGUCAAGGAGCAGCAGGCCAUAACCGAUUCGGGUGCCACUUUUAUUGCCUAUAAGCCAUUAAACCCGACGCACAAGCACAAGACGGUGCAGCAUUUUCCGCCGCUGCCGCCGUCGCCAAAGGAGCAACUGCAGCAUCCACUGCAACCACAACUACAGCAACACCACCUCCUUCUUCACCACCAGCAGCAGCAGCAGCAGCAGCAACCACUGCAAUUCGAGAUACUAUCAUCUCAGCCGCAGCGCCAGCGAGCCAAACAAUCAAAAAUCAAUUUAACGCCAUUUACAGCGCAGAACACAUUGCCGGGACAGUUUAUACCCAUUAUUUAUACGCCAGUGAGCAGUGAACCGGGCUCCUCCAAUGCAAUCAAUUACAACAACAUCCAAAGCAACCUGAAGAAGCCAGAGAUUGUCUACAAAAAUUCCCAUCAAACACAAAUAGUUACGGAUUAUGCAGGCGCCGCAGUUGUUGCCUCAGCCGAACAGCCUUCAUCAUCAUCGUCAUCCGACGAGGAGUUGAAAGAUGAGGCAAAGGGAGAUGAGCAGCAGCAGCAGCAGCAUCGGUCGGAGGAUCAUGGAUCCCAAGAGGAGGCGGUGGCGGAGCAGCAACACCAGCAAGUGCAAAACAAUCCAAGCAUUGGCUACGCUUCCGUCUCGGUUCCCGAUUCGAGCGCAGUUACCGCCACCACAUCCUCCAAAAACGCAUUGAUAAUUCAUCAAAAGUCGCCGACAUUCGGGCAUGUAAGUAAAUACGAAAGUUACUUCAACAUGGCCCCGCCCACGACCAGUGUUGGCCAUCAUCCUCAUCAGCAGCAUCCGCACAUGACGCCGCAGGAGAAAUAUGUGCUUUACUUACAACAGCGCAUGAAGCACCAUAAACAGCAACAGCAACAGCAUCUGCAGCUGCAGCAGCAGAACUACGACUUUUCACAUCCGGUGGUGCCAGCACAAAGCAAUACACUGGCCGGCAGCCACCAUCCACAACAACACACCCAUCUGCAUCCCCAUCAGCCGACACGCCAGCAAUCACACCAUCACCCCCAGACCAAGACCCUUCAUCCGAACAAGUACGAUGCCCUGUACGUAAGACCGGAUGCGACUGCUGGCCAACAGGUGCUGCACAUCCCGCUGCGUGCCCUGAUGGCCCACGUGCAAGAGCAGUCGCUAUCCCAGUCCCAGUUGCAAUCGGAAUCGCAGGCACAGUCGCCGCGACACGAGUUCGCCAAGGAUGAGCCGCUCGGUUCCCCAGCACCGCCGCAGUUUAUUGAUUAUCUGAUAGAUGGACCAAGACAAUCGCUGGAUGAGGAGCAGCAGCAGCAGCAGCAUCAGCAGCAGCAGCACCACUCGCAGCAUGAACUUCCUUCGGCGCAUCAACCGCCGCAGCAUGCUUACAUCCUGGUGACCACAACCGCCCCACAUAUCGAGCACCAGCCGGCGCCACAGCUACAUCCAGAAAUUUCAACACCGCGCCCACCGAUUCUCUAUAACCAUCAGCCCACGCUUCGAUUGCAGCCAGUGCAUAAUUACAAGGCCACCAGGCGUCCCAUUUACGUGACCACGCCGUCGCCAGCAGGCCCUUCCAUCCCAAGUCACACGGUAGAGAUUACGCCGAAAUAUGUGUACGUUUCCGGAAAGCCGCCGAGUGCUCAAAGCCAAGAGUUACCGGUUAGGGAACCAUCUACGGUAACGCCUAUUAAACUAAAACCAGUUUUCAAAUACGUCCAUGAGCGCCCUCCAUUAAAGCCAGCAUAUAUCCCAGAAGAUGAGGAUCAGCUACCUGAUAUACGCACCUCAUCGCUGGCCGAAAUUCUUCAUAAGCUUCAGGCCAGCAAUCAUCUACCACAAACCUUAACACCCGACAAUAUCGACAACUCCAUCAAAACACUUAUUCGCAUUCUGCAAAACCUUAAGCAAACCCAAACCAUUGUGGCAAAUCCUCCGCAGCAUCACGAUGAGCACAAGCCCAGUUCCCAUGACUACGAUUAUAAUGAAGAGGAACACCACUCUUCAUCCACUGGAUCCGAGGAGGCUAAUGAGGCGGUUGCUAAGGCCAAGGGACCAAAUAAACAUCCCGGACCAAGUACUGGAAGACCUGGCGUUGAUUAUCCCAACUACGCGGAGAUCCCUCAGACCAGUUUCGAAUGCACCAAGCAACGUUACAAGGGAUUCUUCGGUGAUCCGGAGACAAAUUGCCAGGUUUGGCAUUAUUGCGAUCUCAAUGGAGGAAAGGCAUCGUUUCUGUGUCCUCAUGGCACCAUAUUUAGUCAGAUUGCUUUGACCUGCGACUGGUGGUUCAAUGUGAAAUGUUCUACGACUGCGCAACUUUAUGUGCUUAACGAGCGACUAUACAAGUACAUUCUGCCUUUUAAUCCCAAGUUUCCCGAGGACUACAAUGGGCCCAUUGUGGAUAAGUACCUGGCCAUGAAAUUCCAGGAAAUGGAGGAAAAGAUGCGUCAGGAGAAACAACGCAAGGCUACACAGCAGGCGGAGAAACCCAUAGAUCCUACAUCCACUCCUUCGCUGCCCAAAAAUCACAAGCCCGAACCAAAGCAUGGUAGUGGAAUUAAUGCCCAGGUUUAUGAGCAAAGCUCCGAGAGAAAUUUGCUUAUCGAUGAUGAAAUAGACGACAUAUCAGAGCGAGGAACCUACGACACAUACGAACAAUCAGCACCCACAACAAUAAUGGCACCCACGAGCACGCAGGACACCCAAUCCUAUGUCCUCAAACCUAUCGUAGUGUCCUCCACUCCACAACCACAGCCAGAGGUUGACUUCGAAGUGGAACCAACCGCUCCGGAAAGCAGUGAAGAGGAGGAUAAGCUGCAAAAUUUGAAGGACACAAAGGACGCUGAGAAAACAGGGCGGGAAACCACCAAAGUAAGCGUUGAAAAGCUGGAGGUGAUUGAGAUUAAAACGGAUGGAAAUACUGGACAACUGAUGCCCAUCAAGGAUACUAGCAAAUGAGCAUUCUUUGGAAAGGAUGAAGAGCUUGCCAUAUUUGUAAUGAGAAAUUCGUCUACGAGUUGGUUGUAUAAUCCCCUAAAUUAUUCUUAGCGAGCAAGUACUGUAAAUAGCUAGCUGUAAAUGCAACUGUAUACAUACCUAUAGCUAUAGUUAAAUAAAAUCUGACUAGUAUGUAAAUUAUAUAAUAGCACUUACCUCCUGGCCGUUUUGGAUGUUGAGAAGAGCUGAGUUCAAUGCAUUCAAAGAUGCCGGAAUUUCGGAGGCAUAGCGUUGAUUCUAAGGAAAGAAAAAUUAUUGUUAAUAGGGAUUAACAAAUUUAUAAAGUCGAUUUAUCCGUCCACUCUAAACAUGUUGUUCUAUAGGAAAAUAGAUU